GGGCGCUGAGAAGUCUCUCAAUUUGCUUAGAUUCAACAUUUUUGAAAUGAAAGCCAAAACUUAGUUAAAUUCGAAAAGGAAGAAAAAAGAAAAGUCUACAAUUUGACGAUAUUUUCGCCCAGGAAGAUGGUCUCCCCGCGCUCGAUUGUGGCCGCAUCGCUGAUGCAGCUCUGUGGCGUCUCCAUUUUCGUAAGUCAACCGCGGGAUCAGUGCCCCUUAGCCCCCUCAGUGGCCAGCUGGCUCUUUGUGCUGACCCUGCUGCUGUUGCUGUGGAACUGUGAGCUAUUGCCCAAGCGCUACACGAAUAUCUUUCCAUGCAUUCACACCUGCGUGGAGCUGCUGGGCACCAUCUUCAUCUCGGAACUGGCAAUACUCAUUGGCUGGCAUCGGUACGAGCAUCUCGUCCAUCAUCUCAGCCAACGUAUCAGCCCAAAUUGUCGCUGGUGCGGCUACCUCACCCUCUGUUUGCUUACACUCUUACCCUCGACGAUGCUUUUAUUUACCUUGGCCCCAACCCAAUGGAGGGAAUUCGUUGUCCAGCUGGUGGUGAAACUGCCCAGACCGGAGGCUGACGAAUGCCUGCUGGAGUGUGCUCGCGAGUUGUCCAAUUAUGUGAAGGGAUUGGUGUGCUUUUGUCAGCUAAGACGCGAGGAUCGAUUGCGUGCUAUACGCUUAUUUCAGUUGCAGGCGGAGCGGAGGACACAACGCGAGGAGCGCCGGCAAUCAAUGGAACUGGAAUCGUAAAUUGUUUAUUGUGGACACAAAUUUAUGCCAACAUCUGUUGUUGUUAUCCUGGCUCACA